UAAUCCACUUCCGGUGUGUCGACUGCACCGCGGUGAUUUGAAAAGAGUGGCCCUAGUUUUAGAUAUCAAGAUACUAUAACAUAUUGAUCAACGUUCUAGAGGAUCAAGACGUGAUCAUUUAAUUGAUACUCUCACUCCGAUAUAAGAAGAUGGGCAGUUCGUAAAGGAAAUCAAGACGUAUGAUGGAAAUGAUGAUUUGAUCUCCGGCUCCAGCCCCAUUGCUUGACGUUUAUCUUCCAUUUUUAAUUUCAAACAUUCCUGCUGUGCCUCUAGCAGUAGAGUACGAUACCUUGGUCCAAAUGGAUGUGAGAGGGGUUUGUGUGAUUGCUAAAAGUCCUCUGCUUAGGAUCCAUGGCAAUGCUCUUUUUCUGACAGAGAUCCAGACAGGAUCAAGCCCAGGAUCUAAACAAUUUAUCCUUGCUAGGGGAGAUGAAGCUACUUCAUUCUACGGUGGUAUUCAUGUUGGAUCAUUCUAUGACCUUAAUAAUGUGACUCCAACUACUAUAACCAAGGGAACUGACAGACCCAGAAAGAUCUUGCUCCUGUCUGCUUUCUCAAAAAUAACUGCUUGCAAUAAAGAUGACAUCACCAUGGAAACAAACAUUCCUACAUGCCAGGGAAUAAUUACCAAGUGCAUUGACCAGACACUUGGGAUUUAUGAGCUCAGUUCCAACAACAGGCUUUAUCUGACCUACCAGUAUGAUGGGAAGUCACACCUUCCCAGCAUUCCUUUAGGGUCAGAGGUCACGAUUCACAAUGCUCAUAGGAUCCAUGCAUCAGACAGAGAGAGUGAGCUGAUCAGGGAUUGUGAGAAUAUCGUUUGUUGCAUGAGAUCAUCAGUCAAGAUAGAGGGGAAAUUAAAGCAACAACAACCAACCAAGGAGAAAAGUAGCAAUGUUCAGCGGGUUCUGUUACCGCUGUGUGGAAAGUUGUUUCCAAGUCUGACUGUUCUGGUAUGGUUACAGCACCAGGCAAUCCCAACAUUGCUUCAGAAACUGGUCCCUGAUAUUUUGAAAUUGAAGGAGAUGCUUCCAGUUUUAGUCCAGCUACUGACCACCAAGAUGACCUCAAACGACCUGCCAAUUAUCAAAGAGAGGAAAAGAAAUCCGUAUGAGGACUUCUUAUCUCAUGAUACAGCUUGCUUCUUCUCUCAGCCCAUGAAUGAUAUUCCAAAGACUGUGCCAUGUACCUUCCCCAAAGCAAUAGAACUAGCAGACUGCUUUGAGUCUCCCCCUACUGAUGGGAGCAGUCAUAUCACAUCACUGAACCAGUCAGGCUGGACGUGUAGUGUGCUGAGAUCAUGUGAUAUGCCAACACACAUGGCUCUAGUUGCUAAACUAUGUUGUAAAGGAACAGAUGGAAGACUAUUUCUCUCAGAUUCUACCGGAUCCAUUCCAUGUACUCUUGCCAAAAUCUUGCCUCUAAAAGAACGCACCAAAUCUUGCAAUGAAUCUAACAGGGGAGACAAAACAGAAAAAACUGAUAAGGAACCAAGAUCUUCAACCAGCAGUUGCUUCCCCCAGCCUUGCCUCAAUCAUCUGCUCAGAAUCGAUGACUUUGUAGUGAUUCGGGAGAGCAGAACUUCCUCAAACUCUCACAACAGGAAUGAAGAUAGGAGUGAAUCUGAGAUGGAUAUUGAAGGAGGGGUCAAGGACAGUUCAAGGUCAAAGGUCAAUGUUUAUGUGAUGUUCAGUCCAAGAAAGGCUGUAUGUCUUAAUCGCGGAACAGAGAGGGCAGCAUCACCAGGGUGCAUCAGACCUAGAAGGAGGAAAAGGAGGUCAUCAAAGUCAGAAGGAUCACCUUUAGAAUCUAUCAUCUCCGAAAAAUUCCUGCUAAGAAGUAGAAGACAGUUUCUCCACCGGGAGCAGAGAGAUGAGAGCAGGGCGGGGUCAGCCACACCCUCUUUCUACAGUGACAUCCUCAUCCUGGACUCUAACCAUCCUAAGAGGGCUAAGAAAGAUGCGGUCCCAAGACCAGGAGAAGGGGAUAGAGAUGGAGAGAUGGAUGUGGAUGGGAGGGUUGGGAAGAAGCAGGAGAGGAUAGAUGAUGGUAGAGCAGCUCUGCUGUGUUUCCAUGGUGAUGCUGUCAGGUGGUAUAACUUUCUGAGAGAAGGACAGAUGUACAGAAUGGAUUGCAAGAAUGAAGACAUGGAGACUCAUGUUGUGCCAUCAGUAAUGAAGUUAUCCAAGAAAAGAAUGACACAGCCUAUCUACAUUAUAACAGCCUUUUCACAGCUACAGGCAUUACAGGAUUCUGCACCUCAGAACUUACUUCAGGCAAUGAACAGAACUUCAUCAUCUGAAUCAGGUCAGCCAAACAAGGGAAAGCAAAGACAUCAUCAUAUCUUAUCAUCUAUAUCUGGUAUGAUCACAAGAAAAACAGUCACAGAGUCAUCCAUGGAAGAGGCUCAUACCAGCAAAGAGGAGGCCACUGGGCAGAGAUCAUCCAUUCAGCUAGAGACAGAUGACAUCACUGCCCAGACCACUGUCAGUGUGUCUGUACCAACUCACAUACAUGAUGAUACGCUUGGACUACUGCCUGGGACUACUCUAUCUAUCAGGAACUGUCUCAAGAAAGUAGAUCCAGGAAUUGCUGUGACCUAUGACAUUGGACCUUUGACCUCUAUCCAAGUGGAUAGUUUCUGCACCAAAAGCUUCAAAGAAAUUGCUACUAGUCCAGAUACUUAUCACAGCAGUCACCAGACUAGAAUCCUACCUACAAUGAGACAGAGAUCAUUCCUGUAUCAUAUGAUACAAGAUACAACCAGGGAUUCUACUACGUUCAACUGGAUCUAUGCUCAUAUCACUCUCAUUACUAAACUGGUUUUAAGAUGGAUAUGUAACCAUUGUGGUAGAAAUGAUUGCAAGUGUCCCAACACAAGAAGACAGGGUGGCAAGAUUAUCACUCAAAUUUUGCUAGCAGUAGAUGAUGGUACAGGAGAAUGUUUGAUAUGGAGUAACCAACCUAAUGUACUCUCUGCUGCAUUGGGUCUAACCCCAAGGGAAUGGACCAUGUUGGAGGACUGCUGUUCAGGACCUAACAAGGAACUGGUCUAUCACAAGUGGGCCAAGGGGCGAAAGGAAGAGUAUGACUGGGAAGCAGCCACUGGCUCGGGUCCUAGGCAAUCCAGACUUGCCUUAGCUGUAUCUAAGCUGUGUCAUCAUUACUGUAUACAGCACUCACUGUGGUUCAAGACUAGGAGAUUCAGAGAAUCUACCAAGGAUGUGUCACCUGAGAGUGAGAAGUCUGCCUGGCCUGCUGGCCUGGUACUCUGCUGUGAGGAGGUCUCCAGAUGAAAUCAGCAGGUCAUCAGCAGGUCAUCAGCAGGUCAUCAGCAGGUCACCUGAGAGUGAGAAGACUGCCUGGCCUGCUGGCCUGGUACUCUGCUGUGAGGAGGUCACCAGAUGAACUCAAAAGGUCAUCAAGAAGAUCACAUAAUGCUUAGCCCAUAAGGCAACUGCAAUGCUUAUUUCACACCCAGUACAUUGUUGAUUUAGUGCAAAGAUGUGAAUCGCUCAUGUACAAUGUGAAAUAUGCACCAGUACUUGUGUAAGAGGUAUUCAGUUAAGAUGAUGGUUUUAUGCUGCCAUAGUUCUUUAUCAGAAUUAUAUGUUUCUACAAAAUACUUUAUCAUAUAGAGCGACAUAUUAAUAAAUAGCAGUUUCUGUAUUCAAUAUGUCAUAUGGAAAAGAAAAAAAAAUAUCCAGUAUUUGGUGAAAAAGAAAACUUCUUUCAGAUAUUGUAAACAAGGCCAAUAACCUCCUCACUAUGUGUAGCCUCAGAUGACAGCAGUUCUUUAGUAUUUAACAAGUAGUAGUCUGAAAAUGAAUUAGCCUGUCCCUAUAUGACUACAAUAGACUGAUCAUAACUAUAAGGAAAGGCAUUUGAAAUAGUUUUGCAUUUUCAGGAUCGUAAAUAAUCUUAGAUAAUCGCAUGAUACAAAAUAGUAGUAUAGGUCCUGCUCCUAUACUUUGAUCGGAGCAGGACCUAUACUUGAUUUCUGCGAUCUUUCAUAUCAAAACUAGGACAAGUGUUACACUUUUUCACAUUGUCCCGUAUAGUCCAGAGUAGGAUGGCUUGCGUAAUGUUCAUGCCUACCUGUAGAUGGUAUACAAAUGGUGAAUGGCCAUGAGUGCAAUGGUAAAAGAUUUUGCACGAGGUGAAAGAUAAGAGACGCUCUAUCCAACGAGGCGCGGCCGAGUUGAAUAGAACGUCUCAUCUUUCACCGAAUGCAAAAUAUUGUUCCAUUGCACGAAUAAAGGCCAUUCACUAUUUGUUUUAUACAACACCUCGGACGUUAAUUAACGGGCUUAAAACAAGUUAUUUUUUUAAAGAACAGUUUUUCCUAGGCCUAAAUCUCAGCGUUUUUUUUUUUUAUAAUGAAAUUGCCGAUAGUGAGCGCACGCUAUUAAACAGGCAAUAAACCAUGCGCGUACUAAGCAUUAUGUUUGACGCGGAGUGCAAUUUCGUUUGAUCCAAUCGCACCAUUGCACGGUGACGUUACUUACCUCACCAUAUACUUUGUACAUCGUUAGUGACGUCAGUGUGCAAUGGUGCAAAAUAUUCAAACUGAAUUGCACGGGUGGAGAAUGUUGCCGUUCAACAGUACUUUUAGCGCAUGUCAUGUGAUCAAGAAUUGACCAAUGAGGUUGCAAGAAUCUUAGUAGGCGUUGUAUAAUAUUCACUAUGUUCAAUCCAAUAUCAGAUGCUCGAAAAGAAAAAAGGAACUGUAUUAAAUUUAUAUGAAAUAUACAUUUCUCAUAUUUUAUAAGAAUUGAGGUCAUUCUCAGCUUCAGUGGCAGGCACACUUUUUUUGUCAAAAUAAUUGAUUACUAAAAACUACCAAAGAGUAUGACUUGCAGUAUGUGCGUAUUGUUGGAUAAAUGGAAAUAAUUAAGAAAGUUUUAAACUCUAGUAUGUAUUCAUUUUAUAUGAAUUAUAUUUUCAAAAGAUGUAUGUACUGUACAUUAUAGACAAAUUACAUUAAAGAAUUUAUGAAUAAAUCAAAACAUAAGACACUA